UGUUUUUAUGGCGUCACCAUUGUUGUAUUCCAUACGGCGUUGUGUUCAGAUAACAUGUAAAGAACAACAGGUUAUGGGCCCAGGAGACGUGCAUUUUUCUUGGAGGUGUAUAAUUUAGUGACACAAAGAAAUAAACAAAGCCAUCGUAAAAAUGUUGUAUCAGUUGCCGCCCAUCGACAAGUUCAGUGGGCGGGAUAAUUACGAUGCGUGGAAGUUUGCAGUGCAGGCAUAUCUUGAAGAUGUUGAGUUGUGGGAGUGUGUUACUGGUGAAUGUACGGACAAAAGGAAGGAUACAAAAGCACAGUCUAAAAUAAUUUUGUUGAUGGAACCAGUGAAUUAUGCUCAUGUGCAAUCUGCACAGACAGCUUAAGCUGCAUGGGACAACUUAGCAUCGGCUUUUGCUGAUACUGGACUGACAAAACGUGUGGGUUUGUUGAGAACACUUAUAACAACACGCCUCGAGGACUGUGAAACAGUAGAAGAAUUUGUAAAUAAAGUAAUAAACACUGCCUUCAAACUCAAUAACAUUGGACUGUCUGUUAGUGAUGAGUGGGUAGGAAUUAUCUUGUUAGCAGGGCUGCCAGACGAGUACCAACCAAUGAUUAUGGGGAUUGAAAGUUCAGGGAUUAAGGUCACAGCUGAUUCUAUCAAGACUAAAACUCCAGGAUGUUAAGGUAAUGAAAACGGAACGAGAACACAAGAGUGGAGCUAUGUACAGCAAUGACAAUAGCAAUAGCUCAGGGUCACGUAAUAGUUCAGGCCGCAAGUUUGUGAAUUAUAAUUCUAGUAGUGGAGAUCGGUAUCACAACAAGAAUGCUUCUGGAGAUGCAAGGUACAAGGGACCUCGCUGCUACAAUUGUAACGGCUAUGGUCAUUUUGCCAACAGCUAUAGCACUAGCCCUUAUAGGCCAACACACCAAGCUCCUGACAAGACACAUGACAAGAUUGAAAGAAAUUUGUUCACAGCUCUUUCAGCCCAAACAUUAGCGAAUCAAAAUGACUGGUUCCUUGACUCAGGCUGUUCGGCACAUUUGACAGUUAAUCUGGAAAUGCUGAGUAAUGAGAAGCAGUCAAUUAAGUUAACAAUAGCCACAGCUAAUAAUGAAAAAAUGGUCACAGGCUGGACACAGGAUAUAAUAAUGGCUUUAGAAUAGUUCGAAAGGUUCACAAGGGCGUUUCAAUAAAAGUCCGUUUUGAGGACGCUACAAUGUUAAAAUGGCUAACUUUAGCUUAUAGCAUAAGCCUCAAACAUAAGUUGAAGAUAACUUAUCUCAUCGUAGCAGGAACCCGUUCUAAACACUCACACUCGUGGUUGCAACAAUAUAGAUUGUUUUGCAGACACUGAUAUUACUGACUUUUACAAUCUUAAUUAAAAUUAAAUUUACUUGAUGUAGGCUUUUGGACAUACGCCAUUGCUUAGCACAUGUAUGUCUGCAGAAGAAAACUACAAAAAAACACAAAUUAAGCAAAAAUUGCUGUUGUCAGGAUUUGACGCCACACAAUAUUCCACAACAGGAAUAUGGUCAACAAACAAGGAAAAAACAAAGAAAAAUGGACUAACAGAACGAAAAAAAAAAACCACAAAUGAUGACAACACAAAAAUUCCGAACCCAUUAAAAUUCAACACAACAGUUGAAACGAGACAAAAAACACAGCAAAACGAAAAGACGAAACAAACACAAUAGUUUUCCAAAAAAAACAAAAACAAAAAGAGAAACGAAAAAACCCCCACAAAUGAUGACAGCACAUAAAAUAUUGAACCCAAAUAAUUCUGCUUGUUUCUGUUUUAGAAAACUGUUGUGUUUGUUUCGUCUUUUCGUUUGGUCGUGUUUUUGUCUCGUUUUGAAUGUUGUGCUGAAUUUUUUGGGUUCAAUAUUUUUUGUGCUGUCAUCAUUUGUGGGGGUUUUUUCGUUUCUCUUUUUGUUUUUUGUUUUUUUGGAAAACUAUUGUGUUUGUUUCGUCUUUUUGUUUUGCUGUAUUUUUUGUCUCGUUUCAACUGUUGUGUUGAAUUUUUUUGGGUUCGGAAUUUUUGUGCUGUCAUCAUUUGUGGUUUUUUUUUUGUUCUGUUAGUCCAUUUUUCUUUGUUUUUUCCUUGUUUGUUGACCAUAUUCCUGUUGUGGAAUAUUGUGUGGCGUUAAAUCCUGACAACAGCAAUUUUUGCUUAAUUUGUGUUUUUUGUCAUUUGUGUUUUUUUGUAGUUUUCUUCUGCAGACAUACAUGUGCUUAGCAAUGGUGUAUGUCCAAAAGCCUACAUCAAGUCAUGCACUCCCAUUGCACAAAUCUUUCAAAGAUAAUAAAAUUAAAUUAUUUGGCUGAGGCUGGCAUCGGGAUAGUACCUAACGAAGAGACGCCUUUUCUUACUUCCUCCUUGCAUAACUAAUUACACGGCUGCACUUCUGCCUAUCGGCUUGAUGCAGUUAUCAAAUAUAGCCUGCGGUUGUUAUCACUGCAGCUAAGAACAGGUGCGCGUGCUGGAAGGGGACGACCUGCCCCAGUUCGUGUGCGCCGACUGCGAGGGGACCGUGCACCAGUUCUCCGAGUUCUGCGCCAUGGUGCAGGCGGUGCAGAGGCGGCUGGAGCGGGAGAAGCGCAGCUUCGUCCGUGUGAGUGCGCGCUGCUCGGCGGGCGGGGGCGCCGGCGCCGAGGGCCCAGGCCCCGGGGAGCCCACGGUGAUGGUGGGGCCGGGCAGCCGGCUGGAGUGCACGCUGUGCGGCACGCUCAUCGACGCGGCCGAGCACACCACCCUGCACAUGGUGGGCCACGGCAUCGGCACGGUGAUCUGCCAGUGCCGCGCGUGCGGCCGGCGCGCCGAGCUGCCCCACUUCCUGCGGGCCGGCGACGAGCGGGCGGUGGCGCGGUGCGAGGACUGCCGGCGGGCCGCGCCCGGGCCCUUCGCGUGCGACGUGUGCUCCAAGGGCUUCCGCACGCGCGGCCACCUGAGUCGCCACCAGCUCACGCACAGCGGGGCCAAGCCCUUCCUGUGCGAGGUGUGCGGCUGUGGCUUCGGCCAGAAGUCCAGCCUGAAGCUGCACGUGCUGAGCCACGCGCGGCUGAACCCCCACGAGUGCGGCCGCUGCGGCCGGGGCUUCCGCCUGAAGGUGUCGCUGCAGUCGCACGUGCUGAACGUGCACGGCGGCGCGGAGGGGGUCGCCCGGCACCGCUGCGACAAGUGCGGCAAGAGGUUCGUGACGCGCUACAAGCUGCGCAGGCACUACCGCAGCCACACGGGCGACCGGCCCUACGCCUGCGCGCGCUGCGGGAAGCUCUUCUCGCAGUCGGGCAACCUCAACCUGCACCGCCGCAAGCACGAGGAGGAGGACGCCGCGUCGUUCCGCGCGCCCGAGCCCGGGCCCGGGCAGUACGCCCCGCCUCCCUUCGGCGCUGCGACCGGGCAGUUCUCGGUGGCCGGCGGCAGCGACAAGGCGAAGAGCGGGGACUCGGAACUGUUCGCCCACUUCGGCCACGAUGCCUUGCUGUUCAUGGACGAGGCGGGCGGCCCCGACUCGGAGACCAUCGCUCUGCCCACCUUCUCCAGUCUGCAGGCCGGAGCACUGCCCCACCACUGAGCGGCGGCCAGGUUCACCUGCCACUCCACAAGUAUACAUGUCUGAAGGAGCUUGGCUUCGUCCUUGGCUCCCUGAUGAUGGCGACUGCAAUGUCGACCGAAUCGUCGGUGGAUUAUUCGCCAAGGACACGGCUCCAACCCAGAAGCCAAGCUACUUUGUACAUGUUUAUGUUGUUUUCAUUUUCAAAGUAAUUAUUUUGAGGUGUUAACUCAGUAAAUAUGCAUCUAUCUUAAGAGCGCGUGCACCAGACACCUUUUCCUAGCCAAAAACUGAAAUGUGAAACAAUAAUGGAAAUGAAUACAAGAACUGUAGAUUCAUGUAUAAGUAAAAAAUGUAAAAGAAGUGCAUGUUCUGAUUUGGAUUCUUUUAUUGUGGAUUUAUAUUGUAAUUAAGAAACAGAUGAUGAAAUAUUUGCAGCAAAUAAAGACUAAGAAUAGUCUAAGAAUAAGGAUAUUUAGUGUAAAUUGGUGUCAAUGUAACAGAAACAUUUUUCUUUAUUUGAAUUAUGGUGAGGCUGACAAAAAUAUAUCAGACGCUUCUUUUAUAGGGACGGGUAUGCUGAUGGUGAAGUAAACAAAUUUUCAGAAGUGAAGAUGACUCCUAGGAAAGAAUUUCCAUUCCAAUCAUGCCGAAGGUCACAUUCGCCAGCAAUUUUUUCUUUCCUUUGUGGGAGAGUUUUUUACAGUUCAAAAUGUGGCAUUAUUGUACGUUGGGCAAUACCCACAGUGAAGGGGCCUUGACGAACAAUGAGUAUAAGACUUAAUAUCAAGAAUUUUACUUACUGCAUCUUUCAAAAUAGCCAUCUAUAAGGUUGAAGGCGGUAGGAAAUAAGUUAGAUAUAAUACCUCAAUGGAGUUCAAGAAUGAUUAAUGACUUAUGAUUAGGAGUGGACGGGAUCCCGAAAUUCAAGAUAAAAGUUGGGAAAAAAACCAUUCCCGAACUUCGGGAAAAUAAUUUUUCUCCUCGGGAUAAUACAUCGGGAAAUUUUUUUUUUUAAAUAGUAAAAACCUUCGUCGUACUAAUUUUUAUAUUAUAAAAAUACAUUAUGUAUACAUACGUCCUGUAACAUCUUCGUUUACAUAUUAAACGAACAAAGUACAAAGACAUCAAAAAAAUAAAAUACAUAUUAUAAACAUUAAUGUAAAUUCAACACUCGUCCAUAAACGGUUUAAAACAAAUCUCUGACUAAAUAAAGAACUCAAUGUUGAAUAUUAUUUUUAAUGAAUUUAUUUUUAAGUUUGGCGAAUGUUAACAUCUUUGUUAGGAUCUUUCUCUUAUAUAGUCUUUGAUCUUUGCCGUAUUUUUAGGUUUUAAUUUGUCUUGAAAAUUAACAAGAGCAACAAUAAGCAGUUUGCCAAACGCGUAAUAUUCGAAAUGCUAAUAAACUGAAAGACGCCAUCUUUAGAGCCAAGAUUAUAUGGUUUUAUGCGAAAUCGCGAAUUUUCACGCGAAAUUCAUCCCAAACCGCGAAAAAUGUGAAAUGUUUUCUAACCACAAAUAAACACCUCAAUAUUGAUUUAAAUCGUUAACUACCGACUAUUGGUUGAUUGACAAAAAUUCUGUAUCUGUUUGUAGAAGAAAUGGUCGUCGUCCAACUGCAGUGUGGUGGUUAUUUAAUGCGUUAAUUAUUCAUCUUAAAAAAUUACAAGAUAUCACAAAAAUUGACGAUUUCACGAACAAAAAAAGAUCGUUAUCGGAGUUAGGUUAGGGUUUUUAAACGCAUCUAGCCACUAGAGAUCACGCAAUAUUAACAACUGACGAUCGUAAACUUAAAAUUAUCAAGUUAACAAACACAACAACGUGAAAAAUCUCAGCGCCUUGUUUGCUGUAUCCUUUGAAAAAUACACGUGAAAAAAAACUGCAUUCAUUAAAUAAAUACAUAUGAAAAUAAAAUAAAAGCGAACAUUGAUAUUUAAUGAUCACUUAAUAUUUAAUGAAAUUUCACUGUAACGCAAUUUUGUGUGCUUGUUGAAUAAGCAGUUUACCGUGAAGCCUUCAUUUUCAUUUCACACUUCACAGGCGAGAGUGCCAAAAUCGUAACAUAAUCAAAGUUUUCCGAUCGCUAAUGAAAAAGCACCAUAUUGCAAGGAUUUAUUUAUUUUACGGUCAUUAAAUAUUUUAAAUAACGCUUACCUACCCAACCCUCCCGGAAAAUAAAUAAAAACAUUUAUUUCACUGACCUGACAUAACCUAACCUUUUACUUCGGGUUGAGUAUAUGGCUCUCUCGCCUGUAAACAGUAGGCUUCCCGCGGUUUAUUUUUUCUAGUGGUGCACCGAUGCGGAUACCGAUGAAUCGUAAUCGGCGAUUAUGGGUUCUUAACGAUUAAUCGUAAUUGGAAAUUAUCUUAACGAUUACUUUGCCGAUUAUUUACAUCCCGGCGUAAUUAAGUAGGUUUUUACCGUGUAAUAUUUUGUUACACAAUUUUUAGAAUGAAAUACGGUAAUAUUUGUAUAUAUUACAAAAUUCAUCUAACUCCGUCAUAUCAUAAUUACAGAUAUUUCGUUAAGUUUAAUAAAUCUUAUUGCCUCGAACAAUAAAAGACAUUUUUACUACACGUUUAUUUACGUUUAGUCUUUUGUUUCGUGGCCUUGUACAUUACCUAUAGCCAGAGACGUAAAAUAUAUGGCACACAAUCAAAAUACCACAAACAGUUGCAGUGGAUUCUAUGACAAUCGAUCUUUUCGAGUCGUAGUAGCGGUUCAAAAUCGUGGUCCCGAUACCUUCUAGUUUUUAUCACUGCGUUUUACAAACUCGUUAUGGGCGUCUUUGGUAACAUUAUCCGUUUGUUAUUUGUAUGACGUGAAAAGUGAAAAAGUAUUUAUAAUUUUAUAUAUUCAGUCAACAUAAAUAAAAUCACAUGUGCUAGUAUUGGUUUUUAGUCAUUUUUAUAUAAUUAUAGUGAGAUGGCGACUAGGGAGAAAAAAAGUGAAUUGUGGAAACAUUUUUCUAUAAACUCAAGUGAACAAAAUAAAGCAGCAUGUUUACAUUGUUAAACGGUAAUUUCUUGAUGUAACCUUAUGUGAUAGUCAAUAAUAAUGCUAGUUUUCCGCAACAAAAACUUACCCAUUGUAAAUUACAAUUGUUAGACUGUAGUUCAAGGGUAAAUAUGUAGUGUACGGAUUAGCGCCAAAAAAAAUCGUACAAAUAUGAAAUAACUUUCAUUAUAUGCUCUUUAACGUCCUCUUUUCAUAACCGCCUGCGGAGAUAAAAAAUUCCAAAUACUUUUGGAGAUAUGGUCGUUCUUAUUUUGCUAUACCAGAUGUGUGUAAUAAUUUGACCGUCGCCAUUUUAUAUUUUGCCGUGUGCGCGUGAAUGUCUAAAUAACAGAAAUUUUCCAUUAGGUAAGGUUAGUUACAUUAUAAAUAUUUCAAAAUAAACGGAAAUUAAAAAUAAUAUCAAUUUAUUUCACAUGUUGUAUAGUUUUAAGUAUUUAUAAUGUAACUGACCUGACCUAACAAAAUGGGACAAAGGUAGAUUAGGUCAGGUCAGCUACAUUGUAAAUACUUUGAAACUGAACGGACAUUAAAAAUAAUAAAAUUAAUUUUAUUGGUUGUUUAGUUUUAAAGUAUUUAUAAUGUAGCUGACCGUAGCUGACCUGACCUAUCAAACCAGGACAAAGGAUGAACAGAAUAAACUCACACAAGUUUCUUUUUACAUGAUGUAUUCGUUCAUGUGAGAGUCCUAAGAUCCACAUAAAGUUCUGCCAUUCCCGAUUACACCCGAAUAUUCACCUUCGGCCAACCUCGGGAUUUAUUUAUUUUUGCGCAGGAAAAAUGAAUUGAAAUAUUAAAAGUGGUCGGAUAGGUUAGCUACAUUAAAACACUUUAAAACCCUUUGGAUGGUUAGUUAGGUUAGUAUAGCUACAUUAAAAUAAACAGAGAAAUAUAAAUAUUAAUAAAUAAACCCGAGGUUGGCCGAAGGUGAAUUGUUCGGGUGUAAUCGGGAAUGGCAGAACUUUAUGUGCAUCUUAGGUUAAUCCGUUCGGGAACAUCGCAAAAAAAAAAAAAUCAUACUUGUAAACAAGGAACCGUUAUUGCCGCAUGAGUGCACAGGAUGAAAAUUAAAAAAUUCGAUAUCUCCAAAAGUAUUUGGAAUUUCUUAUCUCAGCCGGGUUUAAUGAAAAGAGGAAGUUUAAGAGCACAGAAUAAAGGUAUUUUCGGAUUUUUAAUUUUUUUUUUAAAAAAAUCGCCAAAAAAGAAGAUUAAAAAAUUCUAUAUCUCCUAAAUUAAUUGGAAUUUUUUAUCUCCGCAGGCGGUUCUGUAAAGAGGACGUAAGAUAGCAUAUAAUGAAAGUUAUUUCAUAUUUGUACGAUUUUUUUUGGCGCUAAUCCGUACAAUACAUAUUUACCUAUAUUUUUAUACUGUUAUUAUAACUGUAUUCUCGAUUUUACCUAAUCUUGUUAUUAA